UUCAUAUGACACCGGGCUUUUAUAUGCCAGUAAAGGAAGAAAUUACAAUUGAAGAACAAGACUUAUCCGUGCUGAUAAAAAUUGAAGACGAAGCUAGUAGUGAUCCACGUAGCAGUGAAAACACAUCUAAACAAGCUGCGAAGGCUGCUGAAAUAAAUCAACAUAACUGUAAUAUUUGCUCGAUAUCCUUUAUGAAUGAAUCAAAGUUAAAUAUUCAUUUAAAAAAGUGCCAUGCAGACCGUGGGCCUUUCCAAUGCAAUAUUUGCGGUUUAAAGUAUAAGCAAAAAAGGUUCCUACAGAUUCAUCAAAAGAGACACACGAAAAAUGAACAGUACACUUGUCAGAUUUGUGCUACAACUUUGUUAAUUUCAAAUUUAGAUGACCAUUUGAAAACGCAUUCAGACACGCUUCUUUAUGAAUGCGAUUUUUGCGAUUUUAAAUCUAAGCUAAAGUCUGACCUAACUGAGCAUCGAAAUAUUCAUACUAAAGGAAACCAACACAUGUGCAAGAUUUGCAAUAAAGCAUUUGGUAGAAACUCUAAAUUAAAUGAUCAUAUGAAAAGUCAUUCAGAUAACCGCCCUUUUCAGUGCGAUAUAUGCAAUGCGUUAUUCAAAAGAUCAGGUGAAUUAUAUGUUCACCGAAACAAACAUACAAAAGAAAAGCAAUACAGCUGUACAAUUUGUAAUAAAACGUAUUUAUAUCUAAAUAAUUUCAACUAUCAUUUGAAGUCUCACUCGGAUCAACGGCCAUUUCAAUGCGAGUUUUGCAAUUCAACAUUUAAGUCAAAAGACUACUUAAACAUUCAUCGUAACAAGCAUACGAAAGAAAGAGAGUUCAAGUGUAAGAUGUGUAUUAAAAUUUUCUAUUCUGCCGAUAGAUUGCGUAUGCAUUUGGUAUCGCAUUCGGACAAACGGCCUUUUCAAUGCCAUAUUUGCAACAAAACAUUUAAAAUGAAAAAAACUUUAAACCGACAUGUUAAUAGUACCAAACAUUUCGUUCAGCCAAUCAAAGAAGAAACAAAUUGAACUAUAAAAAUAUAGGGUGGCCAUUUUCUGAAUCUUUGUAUGAGU